UCCAGAAUACGGGGCAAAACAACUCGACCCGUCAAGUAUUCCAUCACAUAUAUUAUACUCCCAACCCUUAAUGUACUCACAGAAUGGAUUUAAACCACAGUAUUUAGAUAGCGACCUUGUCAUAAUACCAGAUGAUGACAUAGACACCAAGAUAAUACCUCUAGGAACUAAUGAUUCGCUGCCGACAAACAUCGUCACCACCAAUAUCUGUGCCUUUGAUGAAAGAAACUUUGCUAAUUACCCACUUACACCGAAAACACCUCAUAACGAUAAAUUUCAGACAGAACUACCAUCUCAAACCCCUCCACCUCCAGAAAUAAACCUUGAUUUAGCGAAUCUCUACUAUGAACAAGGAUAUUUCCUUCUUCAUUUCGCAAAACCACGCGAUCCAGUCAUGGCCGUUGAAAAUUUCAAGGCGGCUGCAGAUCUUGGUUCAAUGAGGGGCAAGCAUGAGGUGGCCUAUUGCUAUCAACACGGAAUUGGUGUUAACGCAGACAAAAGACGAGCCGUCGAAAUUUAUCUAGAAAUAAUUAAUGCGUAUCCGCAAAGUGCAGCAAGCUUAAAUCAGUUGGGAUUAUGCUUUCAGCAAGGAAUUGGCGUGGAAAUUGACGAAAUACGGGCGAUAAAUUAUUAUCAACGCGCCGUUGACCUUGGAAAUAUCGACGCAAUGUUUAACCUUGCGUAUUGUUUACGACAUGGAAUUGGUACCCCCGUCGAUGAUCAAAGUGCAUUUAUUUUAUAUUUACGCCUUGCAGAACUAGGUGAUCCUCAAGGUAUGAAACUUGUUGGAAAUUGCAAGUUGGCCGGGAUUGGGACGCCUAAAGAUGAAACCGAAGCCCUCAGGUGGUUCCACCAAUCUAGUAAAUGCGAUUUCUAUUGGGGCGGUAAAAUGCAAUACGCAUUGUGUCUCUUGAACAGUAACUCAAACUAUAAAGAAACGUUCCGGUUAAUAAAAGAGGUCUGUGAAAAUUUUCCUCUGUGUCCUGGCCCGAGCAAAUUAUUGCUUGGUAAAUGUUAUCAUUUUGGAAUUGGAUGUACUCCCGAUUUACGAAUGGCCUUGUAUUGGUAUGGAAAAGCUCUACAAAGCUAUUUUAUGUCCUCGGCGAACGUGCAAGAAUGUGAACGGUUAAUUAGUGAUAUUCGAAUCCGCAAUGAAUUUUCCACUGUACCCGUGGUCGUAAAAAGUGAACGGAUAAUGGUUGAUCGUUCAAAUGGAAAGGCAACUCCUUAUUUCGCGAUUUAA